AUGAAUGGACAGACCAAGCGAUGGAUAAAUGACACAACUACUACCGACUCCUCCUGCGCUACUCCGGGAGCGCAAAGUAUCAGAGCAUCAGCGUUCAAUGUAUGGAGUAGCCUCACAGACGUUGAGGCUGCAUCUGUUGCGGCAUGGCUGUUCUCCCAAACAGCGUUCAACUUGACCGGUACUGAAGAUGCUGGAGAAUGGGACAACUCAUUACUCAUGAUUGAGCUCAUGGAACCAAAUAAAACAGAUGUCUUAAACUACCUCGACUAUGGUGGCCCCGAACCUGAAAGAUAUGCUCAUGUGAUAAUUGAUCAUCGAGCUGAUGUCGACCCAUACUACCAGGAUCUUCUCGUCCCAUUGCCGAUCCAGAACGGCACUACUGAAGCAGAAUUUUUGACGUACCCCUACACGAGGAAGACCAAUGGGCAGGUUCGCAAUCUUGACGCGAGCUUAGAUGCUGACUGGAGUACUUGGAUGUACAAUGUCACUGCUUCCAUCCUUGAUAUUACCCUGGAUCUCUGGAGUGGCUCUGCUCUGGGACUUGACAAUGACACCUUAGAUGUCUGGGGGAUUGAUCCUCUGAUGCAAGACGAUGGCAUUAUUCGCUGGGAUACUUUCUGGAACUUGCCAACUAGUGAAAUGGAUUCUGGGACUCUUCUUCCUCUUGGACUGUUCUUCAAAUCAAAUGUCACGGGCCGCGACCCUUCAUUAUGGACCUUCGACGGAUGGCUCUACAAUGAUAUCUUCUAUCCUACAACGGAUGCGUCCAGAGCAGCUUAUUACUCUCCUGGAUUCGAGAAGUUACCUGCAAACAUUGAUGGCUCUUGGGGAUGGACCGAUCAGAUGGGAACGCCUCCACCUCUAGAUACGGUGUACCCGCCAUUGGCAAUUGCUUCUUCUGGGUCGCGUUACUUUACAGAUGCAGACCAGCAGUACGUGAAGUGGAUGGACUUUGAAUUCUAUAUCUCCUUCUCUCGGGACACCGGGAUGCGUCUCCACAACAUCAAGUACAAGGGAGAACGUGUCAUCUACGAACUUGGAUUGCAAGAGGCUCUGGCUCAUUAUGCCGGGAAUGAUCCAGUUCAGUCUGGAACAAGCUAUUUGGACACAUUCUACGGCUUCGGGACCUAUGCAUUUGAGUUAGUGAAAGGAUAUGAUUGCCCGACAUAUGCGACAUAUUUGAACAGCACAUUCUACACGUCCGAGACAACUCACACUCAUAUCGAUAGCAUCUGCCUCUUUGAGACGGAAGGCAACUAUCCUAUUCAGCGUCACAGUACAUCUCAAUAUGUUGCGGCAACUAAGAACAUUUACUUUACAAUCCGCAAUGUUUGCACAGUUGGAAACUAUGAUUACAUGUUCAGCUACGAAUUCUACAUAGACGGAUCUAUCAACGUCGAUGUUCGAGCUUCAGGAUAUAUCCAGUCUGCUUACUUUGCCAAGAAUCAAGACUACAGAUAUCAUAUCCAUGAUGCUCUAUCUGGAAGCAUGCACGACCAUGUCCUAAACUUCAAGAUCGAUUUCGACAUUCUCGGAACCGCCAACACAAUGACAACCACCACCAAUGUCCCAGUCUCGGAAGUUUAUCCUUGGUCCAACGGCAAAGCACGCGAUACCAUGAAGCUCCAGCGCACCGAGAUAACCAACGAGGACGAAGGAAAGCUAGACUGGAAUGGAAACGGGGCCACUCAAUUCACGGUCGUCAACAAAGAUGUUACAAACGCAUUCGGAGAGUAUCGCGGAUAUCGCAUCCUUCCCUCAUCACCCACCAUCCACCUUACAGUCCUCAACUCCUCGAAUCUUGUCAAUGCUGCGAAUUGGGCGAAGCAUGACUUGUUCGUUACUCGUCAGCAUGAUACUGAACCUCGUUCCAGUCAUCCUUAUCAAUCUCAAGACGUCGCCAAUCCUCCUAUCAAUUUCGAUGAAUUCUUCGACGGAGAGAAUCUCGAGCAAGAAGAUAUCGUCGUUUGGGCCAAUGUCGGCAUGCAUCAUGUUCCACACACGGGUGAUUUGCCCACGACGCUAUUCACGAUUGCUCACAGUGGGCUAGCGAUAACUCCUCUGAACUACUUCGAGACUAGUCCGGUAAAGGAGACGGUGAAUAUGGUGAGAGUCGAUUACGGGGGUGGGAAUACGAGUAAUGUUGUUACAUUUGGACAAGGAGUGCCGGCGUGCAUUGUUGGGGAUGUGGAAAGCUUGGUGCCAGAUCUGAGUGAGUAUUUGGGUGAUUCGGUUGUGAGGAAAUUUCCUUAUGAUCCGAAUGAGCCUUAUUACGAGACGGACUCUAUUGAAUAG